GUCACCUUUGCCCCCUUGUAUUCAUUCUAUCUUUCUCUAUUAAUAAUAAUCAACAAAUGGGCAAAUCACAAGAAGAGACAAUGAGUAAUCCUUUUAUUCAUAAGGAUAGUAAACUUCAUGCUUUAACAAGAGCGGAAGAAGAAAAUUGCUUCAAAGAAAUGAAAGCUAAAGCAUUAGAAGCAUGUCAAUUGCCCAUUAAAGACUUUGUAACAUGCAGUAAAGAACACAACGUUACAGUCAUGUGGACAUGUCGAAGUAAAUUAAAGGCGAUGAAUCAAUGUUUAAAUGAAAGAACUUCUGAUGAGGAAUUGGAUAAGUUUAAACUAGCCAAACUAUCAAAUAAACUACAACAACAGCAAUAAAAAAGGACUCUAGACUCUACUUACUAUAAAAGUAAUAAAGGCCGAGAUAUCUACGUGUGUGGCUUUGUUACUAUGAUGUAUAUUUAUUUUAUUGCACAACCAAAAAAAAAAGUCUACUACAGCUACUACUGCUGCUGCUGAUAUGUGUGUUAUUGUUGAGAUUUAAUGUUGGAUAAGUCAUCACUUU